CUCAAACACAAUGUAUCCACUACUAAAAACUAAACAAGUCGCCCUCUAUAGAUCAAAAUGAUGAAUAUCGCCAUUUAAGUUCAAAGGUGCAUACGCUGGGCGCGCUCUCUGUGGGAAAACCCACUUCUAUUCAUAGGACGCACAAGCUGCAUUAUUUUCACAGACGAUCUACUUCAUAAUAAGUGUGAGCGUACAUCAUUGCAAUCACAUUUGUAUUGAUGUAUACAGACUCAGAGACUCAGUACUUUCUGAUCAACGUUAUUCGCACCUCUUUCGACACAUAUUUGUAAUCAACGUGAGAAAUUGGUGUAGAACUGCAUGCAGUUUAUAGGACGCACUUGUUAGUAGACUCAGGAUAUUGGUACAAUCUAUCACAUCACUGCACAUAGUUUGUGCUUGCAUGGACGACUGUUGGCUCUAAGGACACAUUAGCUGAUCACAAUUUUAAGUUAUAUUGGACAUCAAUUGGAUAUAGGCGUAGAAUGCACUUGCGUUUGUAAUUAGCCAGAAAUCCGAUAUUUGUACAAAUGGCUGAGAAGACUAAGAAAGAAAAAGUUCCAAGCUUUUCACAGGACCUGACGUGUCCACUGUGUCUUGGUAUCUUCGACGAGGCAACCAUCCUGACUUCAUGUGGACACACCUUCUGUCGGAAAUGUCUCAGGAACUAUGACCUGUCCCAUCAGAAUCUUGAUCACAUGAUCUGUCCUCUUUGCAGGGAGAUCACCAAGUUAUCUGCGAACCGUGUUGAUGAUUUCCUUACCAAUGUGACGGUCAACGGACUUGUAGACAAUUACCACGUCAUGUGUGGAGGGGUGAACGCUGUCCUUGAGAUGCGUUCAAAAUGCACUGCUUGCAAGCUUCAGAAAGAUGCAGUCUCAUUCUGCUGUACAUGUAAUAACUACAUUUGUGAUAAGUGUCUAGAGUGUCAUCAAAUUCUUAAAGUCUUUGAAGGUCACGAGAUUGUAUCCAUAGAGGACAUCAUUAACGGGAAGGUCAGCAUUGGUCAUCUAUCGGAAAAGUGCUGCAUCCACAAACAAGAGAACAAAGAGAUGUUUUGUGAGGAUUGUAAGGUCCACGUCUGUUUCAAAUGCGUGAUCGUCGGUCAUCAAUUUCACAAAAUCAAGAAUCAGGCUGACUUCGAGCAGGAGUUACGGAUUAAGGUGAACGACCUUGUCCAGCGAUGUGCCACUAAGAAAUCAGAACUGGAGAAGAACAUUCAGAAUGUGGAAGUACAACGCCAUGAAGUUUACACUGCCGUGCAGAAACUAUUGGACAAUGUCAGUCAAGCCUACAGCAUCAAAGCUAAAGAGCUUGAAGAAAAUCAUCGAAAUCUCAUCGAGCAAAUUAAUGCAGUAAAGCGGAGUUUCGAGGACGAACUCAACGUCUUGAAAUCCAAGGAUCGACAGAGGAUCAAGAGUAUCUGUAGUUCAAUAACACUGGUAUCUAAUGACAGACUGGGUCGUCUUGAGACAGACAGUCUGUCAGCUCAUACCUUGCUCUGUGAGGAGCUGGAUGCCAUACUGAAGGAGGCUACUGAUCACACUUCUGCGACAGCCAUUACGAAGAAAGCACAUGAGAAGAGGUUCAAGCCUGCAGAUGAUACUCGUCUUGAACUCGGGAGCAUCUUACAAUCAGCUACUGAUCACACUUCUGCGGCACCCAUUACGAAGAAAGCACAGGAGAAGCGGUUCAACCCUGCAUAUGAUACUCGUCUUGACCUCGGGAGCAUCUCAGAACCAGAUACCAAGUUGCAAGUCAUUCAGUGUGUAUACCUACGAGGAAUGAUGUAUGGAAUGACCAAGUACUCUGAUGACAGUGCAGCUAUUGGAUAUUGGGAUGCACAUGGAAUAGACAUCAUUGAUUCAGCUGGUAACAAGCACCAGUAUGCAAACAUACCAAGUAACAUGAAGUGUCUUGAUCUUAUGUUUCAACAAGACAGGUCGUUAUGCCUAUCAACGAGUAGCGACAAAGCACACAUAUAUUCUCCCAAUGGAUCCAGGAAAUCAAUCAUCCAUCACGUGAAAAGCAGUACAUAUUAUCUGAGACUAAACAAAAGUUCAUCAGAUGAAAUCCUUAUCACUACCGGUGAGAAGCAAGUCUACAUUUAUAAUCCGACUGGAUCCACUCUCAAACACACUGUUCCAACAAAACACAACAAUACGCGCCAGGUAUCUGCCACCAGGUCGGGUUUGAUCGUCACGAGUUCAUGUUGUCACUCCAAUCAAAGCGUGGUGGCGGUCUAUGACAGGAAUGGGAAUGCUGGUAAGUCUCUACAAGCUCCAAACGAUGUCUACCUGUAUGCUGCCCUGGAUGAGCAGGACAGGGUGUAUGUAGCGAGUGUUGAUCAAGAGAAUGGUAACGUGGGGAUCAGGCUCUAUGACCUUGAUGGUUUGAACCUGAAGGAGAGAGUUGAGUUCAAUGUACUUAAUCUGACGCUUGGUUGGGAAUGGUGUUACUUGGUUUCACUCUCACCAGACAUGCUCGCCUUUGCUUGUCAAAAUAAGUUGUAUUUUAUCAAAGUAUCACUGUAAUCCAUCUCACAUUCUAUAUUAUCAUUAUUUAAAGUGUGUAUACCUCUCUGCUCCAUAUUCUAACGUUUAUUGUGUGAUAAUUAGUUAACCGAAUGGGAAGAUGGUCAUUCUCUCCAUAGACUUUAAUUACCUGAAUACAGUUGUCAUUAUCCAAUAAAAUGAACAUUCCCUCUAUCGAAAUAGUAUGUAACAAAUAAGUAAA